UUAGUAAUAUAAAGUUUAAAAUUGAAGAGAAUGUUUCCAACACUGGCCACUAUGAAAAAAAGUCUUCUUAGUAAUGCAUAUGAGUGUUCUUUGCGAUGCCUAACACAAAAUAUGAAAUGGUCCUCUGAGCUUGCCUCAGUUUUACUUGUAGAAGAGCCAUUGGACUGUUCAUUUAUGUUUACAGAAAAUCAAGUUUUGCUGACAGAGUAUGAUAAAUAUUUAUAUGGGAAAGCAUGUUUUGAAUGUAAAGAGUUUUCUCGGGCUGCAAGUCAUUUAAAAAGUUGUACAAGUCAGCCAGCUAUUUUUUUAUACUACUACUCUCGAUAUAUGGAGUUUGAAAAGCAAAAAAGAUACAAAAUGGUUGAUGUUUUAGAUGAAAAGUAUGUUGAUACAGAUGACUUUGAAGAACUUGUGUUGCUCAAAAAUGAUUUAAAGAAACAUGAAGACAGUUUAGAUGCUUUUGGCUUCUACUUAAAUGGAGUAGUUUUGAAAAGAAUAUCUCUUUUCAAAGAAGCAUCAGAGAGCUUUGAAUGUGCUGUUCAAAUGCAGCCUAUGCUGUGGUGCGCUUGGCAAGAGCUUGCUGACCUUUGUGAAGACAGACAGAUACUUAAAGACCUUAAGCUGCCGAAGCAUUGGAUGUGUGAAUUUUUUUAUGCUUAUGCGGAAAUGGAAUUGCAUAUGAAUGAAGAAGCACUCUCGCGCUACCAAAAAAUUAGUUUAGAAGGAUUUGAGAACAGUACAUAUAUUAAAUCACAGAUUGCAACUGCACUUUAUAAUUUAAGAGACUUUGAAGCAUCUGUAGAACAUUUUAAAUGUUUGCAAACAAUGGAUCCUUAUAUGUUAGAUCAUAUUGAUACUUAUUCCAACAUUCUUUACAUCCAUGAUGAUAGAGUGGAACUUAGUUAUCUGGCCCAUCGUGCUUGUGAAGUGGAUAAAUAUAGAGCAGAAACAUGUGGUGUCGUUGGUAAUUACUACAGUUUGCGAGGUGAUCAUGAUAAAGCAGUUCUCUAUUUUAAACAAUCAUUGCGUUUAAAUCCAGAAUAUGUUGCCGCAUGGACACUUCUUGGUCAUGAGUAUAUUGAGUUAAAAAAUACAUCAGCUGCUAUUGAAGCAUACAGACACGCAACAGAUGUAAAUUGUCGUGACUAUCGUGCUUGGUAUGGCUUGGGACAAGCAUACGAGUUACUCAAAUUAUCGAAACACUCAUUAUACUACUUUCGUGAAGCGCAAAGACUAAGGCCAAAUGACACUCGAAUGCUAAUAGCUUUAGGUGAUACUUAUCAAAACAUUGAAAAGCAAAGCAACGCAAGAAAGUGUUAUUUAAAAGCUGUUCGACUCGGAGAUUCUGAAGGUCAAGCUACUAUUAAACUUGCAAAGUUACAUGAAAGUAGUGGACAAAACAUAGAAGCAGCUAAGCUAUACUCUCUUUAUAUCGAUAAAAUGGAUAAUCAUGUGAAUGCUACCACUGCAGAUGCAUCCCACGCAUGUAUUUUUGUUGCUCGAUAUCACCUUCGUGCUGGAAGAUAUGAAGAUGCUAGUACAUAUGCAAGAAAAGCUGUUGACUAUCCAGAAAGUCGAGAGAUUGCUAAAACAUUGCUUUUUGAAAUAUCAAAGAUUUCUCGGUCUCAUGAGAUUUAAGUUGAUGCCGGUUAACGCAAAAACAAUGUUGAUAUUUAUAUUAUCUCAUUAAAAUUAAACAUUAAAAUGCUACUCAAAAAAGAAACUAAAGGCUUUAACUUAAACUUCAAGUUUUUAUUAGAAAUUUUAUGAAAUCUUUAUUGACGAAACUAUCGGAAAUGAAUGAUUUGGCUUAGUGAUUUGCAAAACUAUUGACUUUCAUAAGAAAAUAUAUAUACGUUUUUAGUAAAUAAGUUUAGUAAAUAAGUUUAAAAUAUAUAUACGUUUGACAAUUAGUUCUACAGUUCAAAUGGCUUUGAAGUGUUCAUUCCUAUAGAAGUUUAAUUAUCAACGUAUAACUAUGAGAUGUUUGAGUACAAAGUUGAAUUUUUUGGUCAAAAGUGAGAGUUCAAGAAAAAUAUUAUAAUUAAUGUUCCGACCAGUUUAUAUAGAAUUACUUUUAAUAUUUUCCGAGACAUUAAUGGAAAGGUUUAUGACAGUUGUUUUAAAUUGUUUGAUUUUUUUCUAGAUAGUAUUGAAAAAAAUGCGUUUAGUCGUGGAAGUAGGGUCAAGAUAUAAAAAAUUAUUGGAACUGAAAAACUGAUAAACAAUUGAUUACCAGGUAGUCUCAGCAUUUAUUGAUCCUGCUAAGAUUUAGUGAAAGAUGUAACUGCACCUUUUCGUACUGAAAUAAUUGUUUUCUAGUGAUAAAAGGUGAUAAAAUGUCAUUUCUGCAUCUGUAAUUUGUAGUGGAUCCAGAAUUUUUGACGUUAAGUGACAAUUCCAGGCUGUAAAAACUCCAAAUUUAAGCAUAUUCAUGCUUAUGUAAAAUAGGAAUAUUUUGCAAAAAAAAAAACGGGAUAGGAGUCUGGGAACAAAAAUACAUGAGCAAAUUUAUCUCUCCUAGCUCACUUGUGAGAACAAUGAAAUAAUAAAAUAUUUUAAUUUACUGUAUUCUAGAAAAUCCAAUUUCCACAAACCUUUUAAAUGUAAAAGUAAACCAUGUAAAAUUUACAACCCCCUAAUUUUGAAGAAGGUGAAAACUUUCUUUGUUCAUUUCUUUCGAACGCUAAAAGAUAAUUGGAUGGAGCUUGUCAAUAUUUUAUUAGCUUAUUGCCCUCGCAUUCGGAAGGUGGUGGUGAACCUUUUGGGUUUUUUUUUGUUUUUUUUAAUCACAACAACUUUUUGCAGAACAUUCCUAUUUAAUACAUAACUAUAUAAUGAUAUAUAAACUAUAUAUCGUUCUGUUGUUUUAUUUCUGUAAUUUGAAUACUAGAAGAAGUAGAUGUAAUUUUUUGAGUUUAAACCAAAGUCACGUGGUUUAUGGCAAAAA